UAUUUUUUUUUUUUUCUUUUUGCUGUACGCGGGCCUCUCACUGUUGUGGCCUCUCCCGUUGCGGAGCACAGGUUCCGGACGCGCAGGCUCAGCGGCCAUGGCUCACGGGCCCAGCCGCUCCGCGGUAUGUGGGAUCUUCCCGGACCGGGGCACGAACCUGUGUCCCCUGCAUCUGCAGGCGGAUUCUCAACCACUGCGCCACCAGGGAAGCCCGAGACAUGUAUUCCUCUGAGAAACGCUGGACAGCAGAUUUGGGUGUAGUGCCUGAUUGGGACCACGUACAAAGACAUCUCCAGUCAUGGUUUGUUGCAGAAUGUGUGAGGGACCACCUAACACUCUUGGUGUGCUUGCAAACUAUAAAGCAGUAAUGGAAUCUUGGAAGAGAUAAGUUUACUCUAUGAGGACUGAAGCUGUUGUUAAUUCCCAAAGCCAGACUGGUUAUCUAACAAAGGAUUCAAACCAGGAUGUAGCAGUCAAACUUGCCCAAGAGCGAGCUGAAAUAGUUGCUAAAUAUGACAGAGGACGAGAAGGUGCAGAGAUUGAACCCUGGGAAGAUGCUGAUUACCUUGUUUACAAAGUCACGGAUAGAUUUGGCUUCUUACACGAAGAGGAGCUCCCAUAUCAUAACGCAGCUAUGGAACGGCAAAAGCACCUGGAAAUUGAAAGAACUACUAAAUGGUUGAAAAUGCUAAAAGGAUGGGAAAAAUACAAGAACACUGAAAAGUUUCACAGGAGGAUUUACAAAGGAAUCCCACUCCAGCUCAGAGGGGAAGUCUGGGCCCUCCUCCUGGAGAUCCCGAAAAUGAAGGAAGAAACCAGAGACCUAUAUAGUAAAUUAAAACACAGAGCACGGGGUUGUUCACCUGAUAUCAGACAAAUAGACCUUGAUGUCAACCGCACAUUUAGGGACCAUAUCAUGUUUAGAGACAGAUAUGGUGUGAAGCAGCAAUCCCUGUUCCACGUUCUUGCUGCAUAUUCUAUCUACAAUACGGAAGUUGGGUACUGUCAGGGGAUGAGCCAGAUCACAGCUUUACUCCUCAUGUAUAUGAAUGAAGAAGAUGCCUUCUGGGCCCUGGUCAAACUGUUCUCGGGCCCAAAACAUGCCAUGCAUGGAUUUUUUGUCCAUGGUUUUCCCAAACUCUUGAGGUUUCAAGAACAUCAUGAAAAAAUACUGAAUAAAUUUUUGUCCAAGCUUAAGCAGCACUUGGAUUCUCAAGAAAUCUACACAAGUUUUUACACAAUGAAAUGGUUUUUUCAAUGUUUCCUUGAUCGGACUCCCUUUACACUAAACCUCAGAAUAUGGGACAUCUAUAUCUUUGAAGGAGAACGAAUUCUUACUGCCAUGUCUUACACAAUCUUAAAAUUACACAGAAAACAUCUUAUGAAAUUGUCUAUGGAAGAACUUGUGGACUUUCUUCAGGAGACCUUGGCAAAGGAUUUUUUCUUCGAAGACGACUUUGUGAUAGAGCAGCUCCAGAUUUCUAUGGUAGAACUAAAGCGGGCAAAGUUAGACCUUCCAGAACCUGGUAAAGAGGAUGAAUUUCCCAAGAAACCUUUGGGACAACUUCCCCCUGAAUCUCAAUCAGCUGGCAUCAGUCACCUGAGCAACGGACAGAGAAGUGUGGGCAGGUCAAGUCCGCAUCUGGACGGCAGGAGAGAGAGCAGCUCAUCACCUUACAAAGCCCACGAGCAUUCCCCUCCCCGUCAAAGUAGAACAGGUACCCCCGAGAGGGCGCGGCAGCUGCGGCAGAAGUCGGUGGACGAGGAGAGUAAAAAGCUUAAAGACGAGGUGGAUUUUCAAAGGAGACUUCCAUCGGGUCCACAGGACAAUUCCAGGCAGUAUAACCACGCAGCCGCUAACCAGAAUAGCAACGCCACUUCACACAUCAGGAAGGAGUUUGUGCCCAAAUGGAAUAAGCCGUCAGAUAUCUCAGCUAUUGAGAAAACCGCCAAGUAUGCCAUUGAAGGCCGAAGUCGGGCCGCACACCCCACGCCGAGAGUCACCGUCCCCGGUUCUGCUGAUCCGCGGGCCCCCAGCGUCAGGCAGAAGGUGAAGGUGCUGGAUACGGAUGAAGGGAAGCGUGGCUCCACCGCCUCGCAGUACGACAAUGUACCCGGGGAUGGAGCCAGCACGGCCCUGGAGCAGGCGCUGGAGAGGGCGCGCUCCCAGAGCCCCAGGGGCAUGGCCUACCCUCACAGCCCAAGGAGGCACGCUGAGCCCAGCUCCAGUCCAUCCAGAGCCCCGAACACGUUUACGUUUAAAGUACAGCCUCCGAGUUAUGCAAAAUAUCCAUCCCAGUUAGAUGGGGAGGAUCGAGGGGCAGCGCUCCCCCCAUCUUACAGUGACCCCCCCACUUACCAGGGCAGUUCUCCAAAACGCAUCCCUGCUGCUAACAGCAGCUUUGUGUCUCCACUGUUUCCCCACGGGACACCAGUGAAUCCUUCCCGGAGACCUUACGGUUCUACCCUCUCGACUGAUGUUUCUCCAGAGAAAUCUUACAGCCGCCCAACUCCUCUGGUCCAGCCGUCCAGUCGAAUAGAAGUUCUCCCUGUUGAUAUUGGUGCUGGGGGAUAUUCGGGCAAUUCGGGGUCACCAAAGAUUGGGAAAUUCCUCCUUCCUCCGGUGGAUUGUUUGCCAGAUAACGGAAAAUGGUCGGAAGUUGGUUACGCAUUGAGACCAGAGAUGCACGGACAGUCGUGGACUUGUGAUGCCAACCGUAGCCACUUAAGCAGUUUACCCAAAUACCCCACCUUUCAACACGUCCCCUAUCAGGACCACACCCUCCCUGCAGUUUCAGCAGAUAGUCCGGUGCGGUAUCGAACUUCCCCAGCUCUGGAAGAUGCCAGUUCAUCUGGGUAUCAGUAUUCAGGGCCCUUGCCUCCAGUGUAUCACUACAGGAAUCGGGAUGGACUCUCUAUCCAGGAAUCAGUAUUGCUGUGAGAAUUGAUCUGUACUUGCUGCAGACAAAAGAAUAGAAACCAUAUGAAACCUACAUUGCUAUGUUGAUAAUUGCCAAAGCAGUAUUUUAUACAGUUGUGAACAACUCGCACAAUUCUCGUGUAUGUCAGUAGUAAGAAUAUAUGGAAGUGAUUUCAUCCCCACCUAGAUGCUGCUUAAGAUGAGCUUUUAACUUGCAUCAUCACUGAACCUGUUAAAAAGAAUUUAACCCGGAAACAUAGCAAUAGUAUUUAGGGAUGCACGCACAGUUUCAUUUAUAUCUUUCUCCAAAAUCUGAAUAUUUGUAGCCCAUUCUAUUUUGAGUACUGAUACAAAGCACUGAAAAACUGUAGAAUAGAUAUUUUUAAGGCUGUGUGUAGUGUACGUGUCUUUUAAUAGAUACUAUAUGCAUCUACGCAUACACAUUUGAACACAGAACUCAAGAAAUGUUUAAAAAAAAAAAAAACCAACUACUUUUCAUCUAGAUCCAUGGAAUAAUUUAUUCUACUUCUUUUCCCUACCUUGUCUUUUGGUCACGUUUUUUUUUUCCCCCUUAUAUUUUUAACCUAGGUCUUAAACUGACUCGAGGGUUUGCCCUGGCUUAAUUCAGCAUCUCACGGAAUGCUCAGCUUUCUCGUUCAGUUGCUCAUUCAGUUUUCAAUCUGAAAAUUAAAGACAUUGGAGAGAAAGGCUAACCACUUAAUGGUGCUUAAAAUCGGGGCAGUUUAAUUUUAUGACCAAAGGUGCAGCGCGCGAUGUAUCCGUGUUCACCGAGAGAUCAGCUUUCGUGCGUCUGCGCCCUUUUUUCUGGUCUGACCCUCGCAAAGCUCAGAGCAGAGUGUUCCUUGCCAGAUGCCCAGGAAGUGUACACACAGCCCUCCGGCGGAUGCCAGCAGGAGAAGCUGCAAGUUACUGAUCAUCAAGCACUCACACGGGGCAGCAGAACAAAUUCCUUUACGUGCAUUUGAAAGCAAGAUUAACAAUAUGGUUACUUCUUACUUCUGCCCCUUAAAUUACUGUGGAGUCUCCCCGCAAAGGGCCGCGGGGUGGCAUUUACAUGAUCUUUUCUUGGCCCUCUUCUUUAAAGAAUGUAGUCAGUGAAUAUUGCUGCUCGUAGGCCAUUAAAUUAUCGCUGUGUAAAAUUGUAAAAGAUGAUCCUAAUUAUUACUAGGAACCUCAGAUUUUGGUAGGUUUUUUUUUUUUUUUUUUAAAUAGCGUGACUUUCAUACUUUCAAAAAUCUUUUUUUGUUGUUGUUUGUUUCAGUGAAAAAUUCAGGUUCAUGGUAACAAAUCAGCAGUGUCUUUCAAAAUCUUCUGUUACACUACGAUGACCAAAACACUGAACAAGUUUUGGGCACUCCAAGAAAGUAUGCCUUUGGGUUUCACUGGAGAGCUUGUUUUCAACAUUACUUUGAUCCUAUUUGAACAAUAGGGAAUAGAAAACCUAACAUUGAUGGUUCUUCUUGUUGCAAGUUGGGGCUUUAAGCUUUCAAGGUACAGAAGUAUGUCUUUCAAAAUGAGAGUAACAUUUGUUUAGCUAGUGAAUGUGACAAUAUUUUUUAUGUAUAUAAUGAGUCUAAUAUAAUUUUAAUCAACUUGGUAAUGAUGUUAUUAAAUGGCGAAACAAAUGCAGCGUAUUAGCAGCCAAACACUGCACGGAAACUCCGAUCCACCAGGCUCCUGGUUCAGAUCAUGUGGAAGCUUAGAAAUAAAUGUAUAUAAAAUUGUAGCUGGGGAUGUGAAUUCCAGUUUUAAACCAUGAUUCUGUGACUUGUAAUAAACCAAGCUGUACAAUUUAGUUUAUGAUAGCAGCAUCAGAGCUGUUCCAAAAUAUAUAUAUAUAUCAACAGUGGUAAAUACUGUAGUUUUAUAUAUAUAUAUAUAAGCAAAAAGUAUAUGCACACACACUAUUUUCUUAUGUCACCUAUGACUUUUUUAUCUGUAUACUUUUUUUGAUGUGAUUGUUUUUAACAUGCUAAAUAAGUAUAUUUUGU